UGAAGGGCGGAGCCGCGGCCUAAUGACCCGGGAAGCCUGGGCUUGGAGUUUGGACCAUAGCAGGCGCGAUGCCGCAAUCUCCCGGGCCAGAGGUGGGCGCUGAUCGGUUUGUUUUAGUCGCCAGUUUAGAUAACGCGCGGAACCUGUCAAAUCUGCUGAAGGCCGUUCAUUUCCGGGACCAGGCCACAGUUUUCGCCUCGGCCAACGGCCUGAGGGUCACCACAGAGGCGGCGAAAAGCGUCCAAGGGAACGCGUUCAUCCAGGCCUGUAUAUUUCAGGAAUUCCGGAUUGAAGAGGACUCUGUGAUGUUUGUAAUAAACCUAACAGUUCUCUUAGAUUGUCUCACAAUAUUUAGUGCGAGUUCCCUGCCAGGAGUGACAACCGCUCUAAGAAUGUGUUACCGUGGAUAUGGCCACCCACUGACACUGUUCCUGGAGGAGAGCGGUGUGGUAACUGUCUGUAAAAUUCUGACUCAAGAACCAGAGGAAACGCUUGACUUUGAUUUUUGUAGCACAAAUGUUCUAAAUAAAAUAAUUCUCCAGUCAGAGAGCCUGCGGGAGGCGUUUGCUGAGCUUGAUAUGAGCAGUGAGGUGCUGCAGAUCACAAUGUCUCCCGAAAAACCCUAUUUCAGGUUAUCUACUUUUGGGAAUGCUGGAAGCACACACUGUGAUUAUCCGAAAGAUUCUGAUAUGAUUGAGGCAUUCCAUUGCAACCAGACCCAAUGCAAUAGGUAUAAAAUUUCAUUACUGAAACCAUCUACUAAGGCCUUGGCCCUUUCCUGUAAAGUUUCACUUCGCACAGAUAACCGUGGAUUUCUCUCCUUACAAUACAUGAUCCGAAAUGAAGAUGGACAAAUUUGCUUUGUAGAAUAUUACUGUUGUCCUGAUGAAGAGGUGGGGGAGGUGUUAGAGCCAUAAUCAGCAGCCACUUGUGUUGAAGUUUCAGUGAAUGUGUCCAAUGUGUUUGAGAUAUCAAGAUGGGACUGUGGAAUUUUUUUUUGCAGUCGUUUUGUCAGUUGCUCAGGCUGUGCAUUGGCUUUUUUCAGGAAGUGUUGAAGCCUAGUUAUACUUCUCUGCAAUGGAAGGCAGUAAUCAGCACUCAGGGACCCUUGAAUGCAGAUAGAAAGCUAUGCUUUAGGCUACUUAUUUGCCUUCUGGUGGUUGGCAAUGGUGGUGAUGGCUGGGCAGCAAAGGCAGUGGCGGGUGAGCAUCUUGCAGAAAGUAUGUAGCCCAAUAACAAGACAGUGAAGAGAGAGGAAAGCCACUAUGUGUCUUCAUUGGGUGGAACCUGUUUUCUCUUUUGGACAGGAGGACUUGCCGCUUGAAAUUGAUAAUUUGCCAAGUUCCUUUCUUGGACUACAAUGUGACUUGGAGCAUGUUGUCAUUUGCUCUAACAAUUCCAAGUUCCUAAAAAGGUUUUUACUUUAUUGCUGGUUUUAUUAGGAUUGAAUAAAACUUAAUUCAUGUACUGAUCUGCUUGUAAUCUGUACCAUCCUUUCCAACACAUUAAAUCUUACAAACAAAA